AUGUUUGGAACUCGCCCAAUUCCAUAUAAAAUGACGAAAGAAUCUACUGAUUGGCUCAACUUUAUAAUUUACAGAGUAUUGACUCACUUCCAAACUCCUGAAUCAAUUGCUAAAAUCAAUGCUCUUGUUAAUGACAAAGUUAAACCGGCAAAAUUUGAAUUAUUAACUCUUGGCAACUCCCCAGUUAUUCCUUAUGUUGCUACUUUAGAUGUUAAUAAUAAGGAUGAUAUUAAGAUUCUUAUCCCACUUACAUGGGAAGAAGGACCUUCAUUGAAUUUUUCAAUGCUGAAUGAGAAUCUUACAGCAGAAGUUGACUUAAAGUUAUUCAAAGGAACUUUGCUUGUUUCCUGGCCAACUAAUCAAGAAAUUGAUCUCGAAAUCAGAUUCAUCAAUGACUGUAAGAUCGAUUUUGAUGUAUCUCUCAUUCUUUUCAAGAAUACUUGGUUACCAUUAUCAUCGAUACCAUUAUUUGGUCCAGUCAUUAAGGGACUUAUUUCAUUCUUCAUGACCAAGGGUGCAAUCAAAGUCAAGGCGGAAAUCCAGAUUCCUGAUGAGCUCAGAUAA